UGAAAGAAGAAACAAAAUUCCAGUAAAAGUGACUUCUGUGUUAAUUAAUCAAUAAUAUUUCUAGUUGGAAUAAUGUUUAUAUUUUUUAUAUAGUUAUAGAUGUAGUUUUGCAACCCGUUUCCUUGGGACAAGUAAGAUACUUUGAUUAGAGAAGUUACUACAUACUACAUGCAAUGAAAAUAAUGAUUCUCUAUCAUUAUGAAAUAUUCUGUCGAGUUAUUUCUAAGCCUUUAACAAUCAAAUAAAAUAAUAUUGAAUAACAAAAAUUUGAAGAUAACCAUAACAAAAAAUUUAGUGGUUCCCAAGUUUACCUUCUUAUCUCAAUUAAGUCGAAUACAAUGUUUAUUAUUAUCAUAUGUUCAUUUAUAAUCAAACUUAUGUGAUAUAAGGUAGUUUAAAAAAUACUCCGUGACUCAGUGAUAAAAGUUAAAAAUAUGGAAGAUUUUGUUAUGUAUGAACCUGUGUAUACAGAAGAACAGGAGAGAAAUAUUGCAAAAGAAUUUAGAAGAGCUGAAAAAACAUGCUAUUUGGAUCAUGCAGGUGCAACGCUGUAUUCGGAAAAACAAAUGCAGCUGAUUUUGUCGGAUUUAUCCGAUAAUAUCUACGCUAAUCCGCAUUCGCUACAUAUAUCUAGCAAACUAACUGAGGAUCACAUAGAUAUAAUCAGAUUCAGAAUUUUACAGCACUUUAAUACAACAAAUGAGGAAUAUUCCAUAAUUUUUACAUCUGGUGCUACGGAUUCUCUUAAAACUAUAGCAGAAACUUUCGACUACGGGCAACCUAGUGAAGGCACCUUCGUAUACCUGCAAAACAAUCACACUUCAGUCCUCGGCAUGAGAAACUACUCCAAAAACUCACAAGAACUUAAAACCGAAGACGCGUUCCGAAUAUUAUCGAUUAAUUACGAUGAUGAAAUGUAUGAACGCAACGUAUGUAAUAACUUGUUCGCUUAUCCUGCCCAAUGUAACUUUUCUGGCACGAAAUACCCAUUGGAUUGGAUAAAGAAAGUAAAAGAAGGCGCCCUUAACGGCGUUGUAAAUACUAAAACAGGAAACUGGUAUGUUUUAUUAGAUGCUGCUUGUUUUCUGUCACAUGAAAUAUUAGAUCUGUCUGAACACAAACCCGAUUUUGUGUCGGUGUCGUUCUAUAAAAUAUUCGGAUACCCCACGGGAUUGGGGGCAUUAUUGGUAAGGAAAAGUAGCGAGCAGGUAUUGAAAAAGAAAUAUUUUGGAGGAGGGACCGUGUUUAUGGCGAUAAGCGCUCAAAAUUUGACUGUGCCCAGAAAAAUACUAAGUGAUAGGUUCGAAGAUGGAACAUUACCGUUUCUCAAUAUUUUAUCCCUGAAACAUGGUUUCGACACCAUAAAAAGGCUAAAUUUAACAUUCGAUAAAAUAUCAAAGCACGCUUUUUGUUUGACCCAAUAUGUGUACAGAAACCUUUUAACAUUACAUCAUUCUAAUGGACGGCCAGUGGUUAUAUUGUAUCACGAUACAAUGUUCGAAAAUUGUAAACAUCAAGGCCAUAUAAUUAAUUUUAGUUUAUUGCGAGAAAAUGGAGAACAUGUUGGAUAUUCUGAGGUUUUACAUCUAGCAAAUUUGCACGGGAUCCAUUUAAGAACAGGUUGUCACUGUAAUCCAGGGGGUUGUCAAAGAUUUUUAAAUUUACAAACAAGUGACAUCAUCAAACACUUUAACAGUGGACAUGUUUGCGGUGACCAAAGAGACCUAAUAGAUGGACAACCAACUGGUACCGUAAGAAUAUCUUUCGGCUACAUGUCGAGAAAACAGGAUGCCGAUCAAUUUUUGAAACUAAUUGAAGAUUGUUUCGUUUCAAAGCCAAUUUUGAGAAAGAAACCCGAUAAUUUCGAAAAAAUACAACAAAAUUAUGAAAAAUUGUUUUAUUCUAAAUACGAUCAAAAUAUAACCAACGAGAUAGAUAAUCAUGAAAUACCUGCAAAAACAACUCCCAAAGUUAUCAACCAAAAUAUCUCCAAAGCAAAAGACGCCAUAGCUACCUUAGAACAAAUUAUAUUAUAUCCUGUAAAAUCCUGUGGAGCCUUUUCCAUCCGAAAUAGUUGGACUGCGACAACGAAAGGUUUGAAAUUUGAUAGAGAAUGGAUGAUAGUAAAUGCAGCAGGAGUAUGUCUUACCCAAAAACAAAACAAGAAGAUGUGUCUGAUCAGGCCAGUUAUAAAUUUGAAAAAAAAUACUUUGACUUUGCAUUUUAAAGAAAAUUCUAGUAUUGAAAUCAACAUCGACGAUGCAAAAACCGGAAAAGAAACGUACCUCUGCCAGAGCAAAGUUUGUGGAGACCGAGUGAUAGGCUGGGAUUGUGGAGAUGAAGUUUCCGAUUGGCUGUCAGAAAAUUUGGAAGCCUCAGGUCUAAGGUUGCUACGACAAUUUGAGCCUGAAGAAAAAGAUUUACGUCAGCAGCUAUCCUUUGCAAAUCAAGCUCAGUAUUUAUUAAUAAAUUCAACUAGCGUUGAAUGGUUAAGAAAUCAAGUUCCAGACGGGGAAUUACAGGAAGAUCUAGGUUCUACGAUAAACAGAUUUAGACCAAAUCUAGUUGUAAAAUAUUCUAAACCGUUUGAAGAAAAUCGAACUGAUAGCAUUCUUAUUGACAGUGUAUCAUUCAAGUUUUUUGGAAACUGUACACGUUGUCAAAUGAUUUGCAUCGAUCAAACCACCGGUGGUAUUUCAAAGGAACCUCUGAUGACGCUAUCAAGGGCGUUUAAAGGCAAAAUUAAUUUCGGAAUCUAUCUUAAUCAAGAAAGUUCGAAUAAUGGGGGUAAUAUUCAAAUUGGAAGUGAUGUUAAAAUAGAAGAAAGUAGUGAAACUUAAAUUUAAUUUUUAUAUUAUUAUUUUAGUAUUAUAUUUUCUAAAAUAGUAUCCCGAGUGCUGUCAGUAGGUAUAUAAAAGUCCGAAUAUACGUGAAAUUCCUCGAAAUAAUGUUCAGGAAAUUUUAAGUAUAUUCCAAAUAGUAGAUAAUGAAACCUCAAGUCUACUGACUGCAAACAUGGUAAUCUUAAAAAGUAUACAGUUGAUUCUAAGAUGCUGCCAAAACAAUACAGUUUUUGAUAGAGAGCGCUACUAACAUACCCUACUUAUAUGUUAACUUGACUUUUUUGUCUAAGAAAUAAUAUCGCAUUUUGUCUGUACUCGUAAUCAGUCUUAAGCAAAAAAGUUUUGUUUUCGCUUUUUGAGAAAAAAACAAUUAACCAUAUAGUAUUGCAAUAUACUUUUUAUUUAAAAAAUACUUAAACAUAGAAUAAACUCACGCCUCAACUCUAGAUAUCCCAAAUGCACCCGUUCAUUAUUUUUAUAGUUAAAUAAUUAUUCAAUUUUUUUUAUUUAGUGAUUUUGUUAAACUAGAAACCUUUAAAAUAGGACAUAAAAUCAAAAUAUGUUUGGUUUGUUUUUUUUUCGAGCGAAAAAAGGACAGAGUACCUACUUGUUUCAUUUAGAAAUGAAUUGUGAUUCAAAAUAUUGAAGAAAUACGUUAAUCUUACACUGAGAAACGUUAGAUUAAGAAAACCAAUUGGAUAAGUAAGUGCGCUGAUCAGUUUCCAAAAAUGAAAAAUUUUUUGCUACAAUUUAGACCUUCAUCCGAUGAUGCAUAUAAAAUCGACACAUUGAUUUAAUGCCUUUCGAGCAUGGAGUUACUUUCGACAAAAUAAAAAAACAAUAGUUUUCUCGAACUUGAAUGAAGCAAAACAAAAAAUAGGUAUAUAUGUAUUCUUAAAGAAGUAUCCGCUAUCAUUUUGGGAGCGUCCUUUAGAAUCAUGCUCUAUGACAAAUAAAAUUAAAAUAAAUUAAAUUAUUAAAUUACUUAUAUUUUGAUUAAGUAAAAAUUUUAAUCUGUCAUUUAUUGUUAAUAUCAAAAACCUAUUGUAUUAUAAUAUAAAAACUUUUGAA